AUGAGCAAUAUACACACUGAUAAAGCACACGAAAUGUGUGAUCAAACUAAACCUGAAAAGAAUAUGGACAGGAUACUUGUGAAAGAGAUCAGACUGGAGCAAAAUAGCACCAAGAGAGAUGAUUUCAUUGGGCUCAUCGAGGCCGCACGAAGAAUACACAAGCAAAUCUCAAAUGGCAUCGAACCAAAUCCAGUUGAAACAACAGAACAGCUGCUUCUGAGCUGUAAGAGAGCGAAUAUUCUGGAAGACCUGGUGAAUAUCGAAUACUUUUUCCAGCAGUUGAGUGAGUUACAUCUGCCUAAGAAUACUCCCCAAAUAUACUUCACACAGCAGUACAUAGAGUUCGCCUAUGAUUUUGGAGCCAAGUGUUCCAAGGAUCUGUCCCUACUUGAGAAUUUCAGAAACAUCUUUGUGGAUCAGCGAAUAACAAAUGACACCACAUUCAUCGAGAGCUGCUUCAGGCUGGUGUUCUACCUGAACAUGCCUGUUUCAGUCAACUUCUACUUCAUUUCAUGUUACACUGGAUUUGAGAAAAGGGCUUUCUUUGGUAUCAGAUACAUCCAGUACAUUAAGAAGCGUCUGAUUGAGAUGUACAUUGUGGAAGCAUUCAACAGGUACGAGGUAUCCAAACCCAAUCACAAACUGCACACUGCCAAUCUUGAUAGGCUGUGUAGCGUUUUGGCCACAAAAAUAAACGCACUAAACGGGUGUGUUUAUAAAAACAUCCUAAGAACAAGUGAAAUCAAGCGAUUCAUCUUCAUAUACCUCUAUAUGAAGUUGAAUGAGAGUAAGUUUGUUGCAAUGGACGAGUACAACGACGCUGUCCUCUUCUACACGCUUCUGUUGCAUCACAUCAAACAAACCAUAAAGAAUAAGAACAAGAACACCAACAAGAUGCACACCAUAAAGAUGCUUCUUAUGGUUGAGCUGAAGUGGGAGCUAAAUGACAGACACAACAAGCAUAUUAAUGAUACAAAGGUGUACGAAGACUUCCUGUUUGAAUACCAGAACACGGUUGCAGGAGUAAACAAGGUUAAGUACGCGUUUUAUAAGCCAAAGUACAAUUUGAAGAUGUCAGGGGUGCUAUGUCAGGUCUAUAAGACGGAGACAGGCACGAUCUACACGCGGAAGAAGGAGAAUGUGAAGACGGAGAAGGAUGCUGGGCGAGUUGGAAUCAGUCCAUUCAGUGGGAAGAUAUCGAAGAUCGACGAGAAUAACACAAACAUUACAGCAAAAAAGAAGCUGGAAUUCGAGUAA